CAGUCAAACUCCAAAUUCAAUGGCCUCAAUAAGCAGCUUAGGUGAAGCUUCCAUAGUCAUAUUUUCCUCUAUCAUCUUUAUCCUUUGUUUCCACCUCUUCAAGAAACCUCAUAAUAAAGGCUUCCUUAGAAACUGGCCAGUUCUUGGGAUGCUUCCUGGUCUGCUCAUGGAGUUCCAUCGGAUCUAUGACUUUAGCGUAGAGAAUCUCGAGGCGUCUAACUUGACGUUUGCAUUCAAGGGCCCGUGGUGUUUUGGAAUGGAUAUGUUGUUCACGGUUGAUCAAGAAAAUAUUCGUCAUAUAAUGAACUCACACUCUUCAAAUUACACCAAAGGUCCUGACUUUAAAGAAGUAUUUGAUGUUCUUGGAGACGGGAUACUAACCGCGGACUCGAAGCUAUGGAAGAGUCUGAGGAAAGCUUCUAAAGCCAUGGUCGACCACCAAGGGUUUCAAAAGUUGUCAAUGAGUACCACGAGAAGAAAACUCAAUGAUGGGCUUGUUCCUCUUUUCAAUAAGAUAGCGGAGGAAGGAACGGUCGUGGACUUGCAGGACUUGUUCGGGAGGUUCAUGUUCGACACAACAUUAAUGACAGUAAGUGGGUGUGAUGAUCCUAGAUCUCUAUCCAUUGAAAUGUCAGAGGUUGAUGAGUUUACUAAAGCUCUCAACAAUAUAGGAGAAGGGAUUAUGUAUAGGCAUGUUAAACCGAAGUUCUUGUGGAAGUUGCAAAGAAGGAUUAGAUUUGGACAAGAGAAGAAGUUGUCCAAAGCUGACGCCACUUUAAAUAGAAUGUGUGCAAAACUUAUAUUAGAUAAGAGAGAAGAGAUAAGAUCACAAGAUUUUACUCACAAUUUUAAUGAUGAAGGUGAUGAUCUUUUGACAUCCCACAUGAAGCUAGAUGCAACCAAGUACGAGCUCUUGAACCCGAACGAUGAUAAGUUUCUUAGAGACACCAUGUUAGCUUUCAUUCUAGCGGGGAGAGAUACCACUGCUUCUGCUCUCACUUGGUUCUUUUGGCUUUUGUCCGAAAACCCUCAAGUUGUCGCUAACAUUCGCCAAGAGAUCAAUAUAAAUCUACCAAGAGUAACCACUGGUGGUGAUGGUGGCCUAGAGAGGCCGUCUUAUGAUGUUUCUAUAGAGUUCUUGAACAAACUGGUGUAUUUACAUGGUUCCUUGUAUGAAGCAAUGAGACUUUACCCGCCGGUUCCAUUCGAGCGUUUGUCUCCCGUAAAACAAGAUAAGCUUCCAAGUGGGCAUGAAGUGGACCCAAGUAUGAAGAUUUUAAUCUUUGUUUACGCGUUGGGGAGGAUGAAAGCAGUAUGGGGAGACGACGCAUUGGAAUUCAAGCCGGAGAGAUGGGUUUCAAUGACAGGAGGGUUGAUAAAAGUUCCUUCCACCAAGUUCUUUUCGUUUAAUGCGGGUCCAAGAGCUUGCUUGGGUAAGAAGUUAGCUAUGACUCAAAUGAAGACAGUGGUCGUGGUCCUCGUGGAGAUACUACAAAACUAUGAUAUCCAAGUUGUUGAAGGCCAAAAGAUUGAACCAGCUCCUGGUCCUAUUCUUCGCAUGAAGCACGGGAGGAGAAAUCGAAGCUCGUGUAGAUCGAAACACUCAGAAACAGAGCAACGAAGAAGAAGCAAAAUCAAUGAAAGAUUUCAGAGUUUAAUGGAUAUAAUACCUCAGAAUCAGAAUGAUCAGAAACGAGAUAAAGCUUCUUUCUUAUUGGAGGUUAUAGAGUAUAUUCACUUUCUACAAGAAAAAGUUCACAUGUAUGAAGAAUCUGAUCACCAAAUGUGGUAUCAAUCCCCAACCAAAUUGAUUCCUUGGGGGUCUGUUGCGGAGCACAAUGGUCAUCCUCAAAUCGUUAAUGAUAACGUUGCUGCUUCUUCCGGUUUGCUCUCGGCCGUGGAUCCUGAUAUCGAGUCAGCAGUUAAUACCAAGAUUCUUGAAGACUGUCCUGUUUCAGCAGUUUCAUCGUAUCUACCAACCGAGCCUUCGCUGCAGUUUGUUCAGCAUGACUUUUGGCAACCGAAACCAAUCAAUUGCAAUACAGAUGAUUUGUUCAACUCAAACGGAAAUAUAUCACCCAGCUUGUCCACUUGCUUCUCUUCCUCAAUAGGUGGUGACGCCGUUGUGGUACUACACACUCUAACUGAAGCACUUAAGUCAUCGGGUGUUAAAAUGCCAGAGACCAUGAUAUCUGUGCAGUUAAGCCUUCGGAAAAGAGCAGAUUGCGAGUAUUCUGUUGCUGCUUUUGCUUCUGAGGAUAAUUGUAAUAGCAUCGCGGAUGUAGAAGGAGAUUCUCCUACUGAAACUAGAAGCUUCUGCAGUGAUAUAGAUCACCCCCAGAAGAGAAUAAGAAGAUAAAAGAUCUGGUUUUUUAUUUUCUUCUUUAUGACCACUGUUUGAUAAUUUUGUUACUUUCGGCGAGUCAAGUUCAAUUCUUUCCAGAGUAUCAGUAGGUUUAGAUUGGUGUAUAUAAAUGUGAAUCACUACUUUUAUCGAGCUGAAACUAUUCUCAUGAUUUAGUAAAGACUAAGUAGAAAAAUGUAGCAAGUUUCACAAAUCCAUAACAAGAGAUUGCUUUAUUUAAUGGUACUUUUCAAGUAUAUGGUCUAAUAGAUAUGUCACUUAUUG